UGCUUAGUGAUAGCGUAGAUACUGUAGUGUUUACAUCACCUUAUUUAUAAUCAUAUAAACCAUUGUUAAAUAAAUCCAUCUCUCAUCAACAUUGUGACAAAGUCAUUGUAUUUUUAACACAUGACUGAAAAAAAGUUCAAAGUACACUCAUAGAUCGACUACGAAUUAAAGAAUAACACGGGUUCAUAUUACUUUUGUGGGUUCAAAGAAAUAUUUGCAGUUAUUUUUGACAAAAUGUGCACUAUUUGAAAGUAUUUACAUACUAUUGCGAUUAAAUUUACAUGUGAAAUAUUGUAAUAUAAUUAGCAAUAAUUAUUUUUGAAGUGUCUGUGAGAUAAUUGUAUUAAUAACCUUCUUUUUAAUAAAUAAAAUCUUUUUUAUUAAUCCAACAGCGAAGAUAACGAAAUAAAAUUAAGUGUAGUGUAGUUUAAGAAUAAAAACGCUGUUAAAUAUUGCACUGAAACAGUGUGACUUUAAAGAAAAUCCACUAGUCACCACACCCUGUUGAACACACUCAUUUCCUAUCAGAUAUAUCUAUAUACUAAUGUGGGACCACGGAUUAUUCAAAAGUUAGCGUAAUAUUUGUUAAAAAUUACGUCCAUUGUCUUGAUAAUCUUUUUUAACUGCAAAUAUUUUUGAAAAUUUUUGACAUUUCAUACUGAAAGAUUUUUUAUAAAAAAAAAAAAAAACUACUAAUUUAGUGAAUCUAGAAUUAUUGUGAAUUUUUUUUAUCAAUCAUGGGUGGGUGUACGUCCAAGGAUACAGCUUCAGGUGACGAUAAAAAGGACAAGAUGGUUGAUCAAGCAGUAUUGGAUAAAUUGGAAGCUGGAUUUGCAAAGCUUUCAAGCUCUGAUAGCAAAUCCCUGUUGAAGAAGUACCUUACUAAGGAGGUAUUCGAUGCCCUAAAAACAAAGAAAACAUCAUUUGGCUCAACCUUGUUGGAUGUCAUCCAAUCUGGUGUUGAAAAUUUGGAUUCUGGUGUUGGUAUCUAUGCUCCUGAUGCUGAGGCUUACACUGUGUUCGCUGACCUCUUCGAUCCAAUCAUCGAUGACUAUCACAAGGGAUUCAAAAAGACUGAUAAACAUCCACCAAAAGAUUUCGGUGAUGCCGAUACCCUUGGAAAUCUUGAUCCCACUGGUGAAUACAUUGUCUCAACUCGUGUUCGAUGUGGACGUUCUUUGGAAGGAUACCCCUUCAAUCCUUGUUUAACGGAAGCUCAAUACAAGGAAAUGGAAGAGAAAGUUUCCAGUACCCUAUCAGGACUUGAGGGUGAACUUAAGGGAACCUUCUACCCAUUGACUGGAAUGAGCAAGGAAGUCCAGCAGAAACUUAUUGAUGAUCACUUCCUCUUUAAAGAAGGUGAUCGUUUCCUUCAAGCUGCUAAUGCCUGCCGAUUCUGGCCAACUGGUCGUGGUAUUUUCCACAAUGAUGCCAAGACAUUCCUUGUCUGGUGCAACGAAGAGGACCAUUUGCGUAUCAUUUCUAUGCAGAUGGGUGGUGAUCUUGGACAGGUUUACCGCCGUCUAGUAACUGCUGUUAACGAAAUCGAAAAACGACUACCCUUCUCUCAUAAUGAGCGUUUUGGCUUCCUCACUUUCUGCCCCACGAAUCUUGGAACAACUAUUCGUGCUUCGGUACACAUUAAAUUACCCAAAUUAGCUGCCAACAAAUCCAAGCUUGAAGAAGUUGCUUCUCAAUAUAAUCUCCAAGUUCGUGGUACUCGUGGAGAACACACUGAAGCUGAGGGUGGUAUUUAUGAUAUCUCAAACAAACGACGACUUGGUCUUACUGAGUAUCAAGCAGUCAAGGAAAUGAAUGAUGGAAUUGCUGAAUUGAUAAAAAUGGAGAAAGAGCUGUAAAGUGCUUUUUAUUGUCAUAUUGUUUUUUCUCUUUGUCAACAUAAUAGAGUCGCGCAGUUUAAAUGUUUGAAAUAAUUGAAGUAUUUAAAGUAUUAUCCUGUCAAAAAUAAAAAGCAAAUAAUCCAAUAAAAAGUGAAAAUUCCCAUUUCCCCAGUGAAUUAAAAAAAAAAAAACAAAACGUUAAAUAAUUAAUUGUCGUGCGACUACUUGUGCGAUUCAUUAUCAGUCAAGUUGUAUAGAGGCUGAAAAAAAAAAAAAAUUAAAAAAAAUUCAAUAAAAAAAUGUUAAAUCAAAUUAUUUAGUUUUAGAUUUCAUGCUUAUAAAAUAUUUUUGAAUGCUUCACGCACAAUAGACAUUGGCAAAAAAUCGUUCAGACACAGUAAUGUCUUUAAAAUUUACAAUUUUUUAUUUAACAAAAAAUAUUUUCAAUAAAUUGCAGAAAAGUA